CUUAAAACACAUAAAAAAUAUUAAUAUUUUUAGUAGAAAAUAUCAAAUCUUUAGCUUAUUUUAAAUUAUUUUUAUUGUUUUUUAUUUAUCGAUAGUAAAAUGGAAGAAGUUAUUUAAAAAUGUACAAAUUGUAAGUAAAUACCAGAUGAUAUUUUAAUGCUUUCUUGCGAUCACGAUUUAUGCCUUAACUGUGCAGCAAUUAUUUUUGUUUCUGAAAAUCUUUAGACAGAUUCUAGACUUUUAACUUGUCUUGAAUGUGGAUAAAGUACAGAACUGGACUAAUCAAGUGUAUUUGAGUUACAAAGAAUCAACGUUGAACUUUAAAUUUAAAAGAAACUUAAUACUAGUGGAUUGAAGGCAUAAAAAUAAUAUGGAAGCAUUAACUAGAACAGUGGAUUGCAAUAUGAAAACUAAAAUUAGUCCUAUUUGCAAAAUUCAAGAGUUAAAGCAUAAGAUCAUCCAAGUAAUGUUUUAGAGAAUUUUUAAGCUAGAUUACCAACCUAAAAUUACUUAAAUGGACCAUCAUAGCUAGGAAAUGAAUUAAACUAAUAGCAACAUGAAUAAUAAAAUAGGUUAUUGUAACUACAAUAGUAGUAAUAGUUGUUACAAAGUCCAUAAGCAAAUAAAAAUAAUUUCCAACAAAAUAUUUAGUAAAUGCAAACUGAACAAGAUUUGCCCACAUAACAGACUUAGAUACAAUAAUAAAUAAAAAGAUUCUGUUAAGAACAUGCUGAAGAAGAAAUUCUCUACUAUUGCUUUUAAUGUUAAAGUAGAUGUAUUUGCCCUGAAUGUGUAAUUCAUGGAGCACACAAAAACCAUGAAGUAAAAACAAUAAAGAAAGCUUAUCCAAUAGUAAAAUAAAAAGUAGAGGAAUUCCAGUAAAAAAUGGAAUUUAAAAUAAAGCAAAUAAACCAAAGAAAAACCCAUUUAGAAUCAGUUGCCUAAGAGAUAAACUAAAAUUCAUUGAGUUUAAAAAAGAAUAUUGCUCUUGCUUUUGCUGAGAUAAAAUCAAAAAUAGAAGCAAAGGAAAGAGAAAUUCAGUAAAUUUGCGAUUAGGUUUUAGGAUAAAAUUUAAAAGAAAUAGAGAAUCUUAAUUUUUGUUUGGAAGAAAAGCUUAUUGAUUUUAAGUAAAUUCUUGAGCUUGUUUUUGACCAUGAAAAUUAACCUGAUGAAACACUGCUACUAGAUUUCUUUUCGACAAAUCAAGCUAAGCUUAAUGAAAUAAAAGAAAACAGGGAGUGGGAAAAAAAACUUUUAUAUAACAGUCCAGAUUUUUAUUAAGUGAAUCAAAGAGAAAUUUAAAAGCAACUUGCUUUAGUAGAAAAUGAUAUUUAAAAGAUUGAGCCCUAGUUAGACAUAAAAGAUAAAAUUUUAAAUGAAAAUUAAUUAGAUUUAUAAAAUUAAAUAAAUAAAUUUUAAAAUGAGCAUAUUUAAAAUUCUCAAAAUCAAGCUAAUAAUAGCUAAUUGAUAAGAGAUUCUUAAAGCUAUACUCCAAGUGCAAAUAAAAAGAGUUAAAUAAACUAAAACUAGCCCUUUCUAUAAUCAUAAUAAUUCCAUGAUCAACAGCAACUAAGUUAUAGAUCUCCUGUGAAUAAUGCUUUAUCUUAAGAAAAUCCUUUUAGGACAUAGCAAAUUUCAAGAGAUUAAAAAAUUACAGAUGCAGAUUUUGAAAAAUUUAGAGAAAGAAUUUCUAGCAAAUCUAAAAUAUCAUAAAAUUAAAGUAAUCAAUUAGAAAACUAUUAAUAAUAAUAUUCAGUUAAACCUUUUACUAACUAUGCUAGUUUAGUCUAAUAGUAAAAUACAUAAGCUUAAAUAUAACCACAAUAAUUUUAAUCAUAGUAGUAGUAAUAGUAAAUAGAUAGUAAUUGGAGGCAGUAAGAGAGCUAAGAUGGUAGCAUAAAUAUUAAUAACAGCAUGAAUAAUUCUAAUUUAAAAACAGGGCUAUAUAUAAAGCAAUGA